GUGGGGCGUCUCCACACGCGGGCCCCCUUCGGCAGCGAGGGCUCCCCUUUGGUCUUGGCGUCCAGGGGGGCAGAUUGCGGCGGGAACAUAAAUAUAUUUGUCAGAUUGGUUGGAAGAUUCUGCUUCAUUGAAAAUUAUGGCAAAAUCUGGAGGAAAAGGAAUUAAUCUGAAGGACAAACUGGAUGGCAAUGAGCUAGAUUUAAGUUUGUGUGACCUGAAUGAAGUCCCAGUUAAGGAGCUGGCAGGACUUCCAAAAGCGACUGUUUUGGAUUUGUCCUGUAAUAAUCUUGCUACUUUACCAUUGGAGUUCUGCAGUUUGACCCAUCUAGUAAAAUUGGAUUUAAGCAAAAAUCGGCUUCAGCAUCUACCCUCAGACUUUGGGCGCUUGAUCAACUUGCAACACUUGGAUCUGCUGAACAAUCAAUUGGUUACUUUGCCUGUCAGUUUUGCACAACUCAAGAACCUGAAAUGGCUCGAUCUGAAAGACAACCCCUUGGAUCCUGCCCUAGCUAAGAUAGCUGGAGAUUGCUUGGAUGAAAAACAGUGUAAACUGGCAGCUGUCAGAGUAUUGCAGCAUAUGAGAGUGAUCCAGUCUGAAUUAGAUCGUGAGAGGCAACGGAAGUUACAGGCAGAACAAGAGCUGGAGAAGAAGCGUGAAGCACAGCGGCUAGCAAGAGAGGCUCAAGAGAGGGAACUGCGUAAGCGGGAGAAGGCCGAAGAGAAAGAACGUCGGAGAAGAGAAUAUGAUGCCCUUAGAACUGCAAAGCAGAAAGUGACAACGCAACAAAGAAGAGAAGCGGGUGAAAAUCAAAAACCUUCUGUUUCCCAUCCGUCGCGUCCACUGCAAAAGAAACGCUCCUGGUCUAGAGUCCUUCUGAAGAUGUUUCUGCUUCUCCUGCUAGGUGCCCUGGGCACUCUGGCCGUUUGCAAGGUUACAGAGCUACAGCACCAGCCAGUGUGCAUUGGUGUGAACAUGCUAUAUGAAGAUGCAUUAACCUUUUUACCAAGUCGUGAAAUCUUUCAGAAUAUACUGCAGCCAAACUCACAGCAAUAAUUUUGUUUCAGCUCUGAAGGACUCUUGCCUCCUGCUCUUUUUUUUUUUUUUUUUUUG